AUGAAUACAUUGUCGAGAGCUCUAGUCUUCGUUGUUUUGCCGAUUGUUUUUUCGGUCGAAUUGCCGGAUGGUUUGAAGCCGGCAGUCGACAUAGAAUCUCAUAGCUUACAGCCAGCACCAUUAACUGUGACUCCUCCUAAUUUGCGUGUUCGAUCACGGAUGAUGGCAGCUUUGAACGGAGAAGAAUCGUCGAAAUCCACAUUGAUUUUAACGAAGAAAAAUAAGAAAAAGGAAAACAAAAAAGAACCUAAAGUUUUCUAUGGAGAAGUUACAACAGCUCCAACAGCAUCAGAUAAAUCCAUGGAGAAGGUUGUUCCACCUUCAGCCAACUUUGCUGUCAACCCAGUUCUUCAGACAAAUUUUGUCGAUUCAACCGGUCGCGUGCUUAAGAACGUCAUAGCCGUUCCGAUUAGAGUUGGUGAUGGAACUCGACGAACAAAUGCGACCCGAACUGCAGCAGCUGCUGCUGUAGUGGAACCGGAUGAAGAAGAUAAAAAGGUGGAGGUACAUUUCGGACAGGCACCUAUUCAUUUAUGA